AUGGCGCAGACUCCAGCCCAUAUCAAGCAUGUACAUGGGCCCGACCGACGCAUAUCAGCUUACAGAGAUGAACUGGUCAGCGUACAAAGUCUUUACCACGAUCGUCGAUACAAACAGUGCAUUGCGCUUUGUGAACAGCUGCAAAGACCUGAGAUUCACCCUGUGCAGCAGAUGUUCCUCUGGUUCUAUCGUGCCAUCUCUUACGAAUCCAUCGGACUGAUCGCCCACGACUACUCCAGCAACAAGCUUCGGUUCCUCUAUUCUGCGAAGGAAAAUUUCACUCUGGCCUUGCGAAGUCUGCCUCUCCCCUACAUGUCUACCGAGACAGGGGUUUACGAGCAACCUGAAUAUUCUCCCCUUCCCUCGCUAUCUGCAAUACGAUCGGUGUCUCAUGCGAAUGCAAGACUUCACGUCGUGUCGCCAGCGAGAACUGGCAUGGCUGGAAUGGUGCAAUCUGCUUCAUCCUGCAGCAAUUAUUCCACAGGAAGCAUCGUCUUAGAGCCACACAAAACCCCGUCCACGGACGACGACUCCUCGUUUGGCAAUACACACAAUCCAAUAACACCAAGGCUGCAGGCAGAACUAAAUGGUACAGAAUCCGGCAGUAUCACGCUGCCAACGACCCCUGCAACACAUAAGUCUCGACUGAGCCAAAGUCUUAGUCUUGAGCACAAACUGGCCGAUGAACUCGUCCCCUCACCCUUGUUCAGCCGGAAGUCCAAGAAAGCUCAUAUCACCGAACCGGAUGAAGACAUUGCGCUUCGCCCGUUACCGCCCUUACCGUUUAGUCACCAUUCCAACUUCGAGCUCCUGGGCUCUCGAAUUGUUCAAGUUCCCGCCAUGCGCAAGACUGCAGUCGAGACUCUGAUUGCACGAUACGAAGGAUGUUUACCUUUGACGUCGUCUCCCAUCCAGUCGCCUACCCCGACAGGUCACCAACGCACUGGGACAGUCCCCGAAUCCCCUGUGACCCCACGGUUCAAGAUAAUCCGCGAUGCCUUCACUCCCAACCCGGUCAACGAACAUCUGGAAGCGUACCUCUCCUCGCCCGAUAUGACCCGAUACAAUGCCUGUCUAUCAGACUUUCGAAUGCAGCUGCACAACCAUAUCAGUUACUUAGACAAAGAGAUAGGUCGAGUCCACAAAGCCCAAGACGAGCGAACCGCUACCAAAGCGCUAUCGAAGACCAGGUUCGCCAGUUUUUGGUCCCUGGAACACAAGGUGUCUGCCUUGAAGAGGAAAUGUCUCAAUUCAGAAGGUUUCCGUGUCUGCUCCAGCCCCGAAAUCGAAAAUGAGCAAGCAACCAGGGCCAGGCCCGAAAAAGAGAGGAUUGAGAGGUUGCGAUCUGAAGGAUGGCACGUGCGAAAGGAAACACACGGAUUCAAAGGGCUGGAAUGGUACGAGAACCUUGGCAGGUGCGUGGAACGCGAAUUGACUGUUACCGCGAGUAAGGUCAGGAUGUAG